GUUUGUUCGACAAGAAUUGUAUUAUUUUACUCUUUCCCUUAGAAACACACAAAUGAACGAUACGUUUGCUGGAUUGUGUUUUUUAAAUAUUAAAGUUCGCUUUAAGUAGCGCUGGGGACUCUCCUGAGAGAAAGUUAGUGCGGUAUUUUUCAGAAGGGAUGUCGAAUCCUGCGACUCGAAGAAACGGGUCAAGCAUCAAAAUCAGACUGACAGUGUUAUGUGCCAAGAACCUUGCCAAGAAAGACUUUUUCAGGUUGCCUGACCCUUUUGCCAAAGUUGUUGUUGAUGGCUCGGGCCAGUGUCACUCCACAGACACAGUCAAGAGCACAUUGGACCCCAAAUGGAACCAGCAUUAUGACCUUUACAUCGGGAAAACGGACUCAAUUACUAUUAGCGUUUGGAACCAUAAGAAGAUCCAUAAGAAGCAGGGUGCUGGGUUCCUGGGCUGUGUAAGGCUUCUGUCCAAUGCCAUCAGCAGACUUAAAGAUACGGGCUACCAACGGUUAGAUUUAUGCAAGCUGAACGCCUCUGACAGUGAUGCUGUUCGGGGUCAAAUUGUUGUGAGCCUCCAGACCAGAGACAGAAUUGGCAGUGGUGGGCCUGUGGUGGACUGCCGUGGACUGUUAGAAAAUGAAGGGCCAGUAUUCGAGGACUCGGGACCAGGGCGGCCUCUCAGCUGUUUCAUGGAGGAGCCUUUGCCCUACACAGACCCCACGGGAGCUGCUGGUGGGGGCAACUGCCGUGCCCUGGAGUCACCCAAUCAGGAGCAGAGACUCCAAGCACAGCGAAUUCGAAACCAGGAGUCCAGAAAUCACUCACACACUCCACAGAACCGGCCACAUGGACACCAGUCACCCGACCUCCCUGAAGGCUAUGAGCAAAGGACCACUGUGCAGGGUCAGGUCUACUUUCUGCACACCCAGACUGGCGUUAGCACUUGGCAUGACCCCAGAAUACCACGGAAUUUAAACAGUGUAAGCUGUGAGGAACUGGGCCCUCUGCCACCAGGCUGGGAGAUCAGAAGCACAGUGUCAGGAAGGAUUUAUUUUGUUGACCACAAUAACAGAACCACACAAUUCACAGACCCCAGGUUACACCACAUCAUGAGCCAGCAGUCUCAGGUGAAGGAGUCGAGUCAGGCUCUGCCGGUUCAGAUGGAUGUUCCUGUGGAGGAAGGGGAAGGAGAGCUGCCUUUGCGUUAUGAGCGAGAUCUGGUCCAAAAGCUCAAGGUGCUACGGCACGAGCUCUCACUCCAGCAGCCACAGGCUGGCCACUGCCGCAUAGAGGUGUCCCGCGAGGAAAUCUUUGAAGAGUCUUACCGGCAGAUCAUGAAGAUGAGGCCAAAAGACCUAAAAAAGAGGCUUAUGGUUAAAUUCCGUGGAGAAGAGGGCUUGGAUUAUGGUGGAGUGGCAAGGGAGUGGUUGUACCUGCUUUGUCAUGAGAUGCUUAAUCCGUACUAUGGCCUGUUCCAAUACUCCACAGAUAACAUCUACACACUACAGAUCAACCCUGACUCAUCCAUCAAUCCUGACCACUUGUCAUAUUUCCACUUUGUGGGGAGGAUUAUGGGCCUGGCUGUGUUUCACGGGCACUACAUCAAUGGCGGCUUCACACUGCCUUUCUACAAGCAGCUUCUCGGGAAACCCAUCCAGCUUUCUGACCUGGAGACAGUUGAUCCUGAGCUUCACAAGAGCCUUGUCUGGAUCCUAGAAAAUGACAUCACGUCAGUCUUGGAUCAUACCUUCUGCGUAGAACACAGUGCUUUUGGCAAAUUCCUCCAGCAUGAACUUAAGCCCAACGGCAGAAAUAUUCCAGUGACUGAAGAGAACAAGAGGGAGUAUGUGAGGCUUUAUGUGAACUGGAGGUUCAUGCGAGGAAUUGAAGCUCAGUUUCUCGCUCUGCAGAAGGGCUUUAACGAGCUCAUUCCACAACACCUUCUUAAGCCGUUCGACCACAAGGAGCUUGAGCUGAUUAUCGGCGGUCUUGGGAAGAUUGAUUUGAAUGACUGGAAGGCCAACACGCGGCUAAAGCACUGUGUGGCCGACAGUAGCAUAGUGAAGUGGUUCUGGCAGGCCGUGGAGUCGUUUGAUGAGGAGAGGAGGGGCAGACUGCUUCAGUUCGUCACUGGCUCCACACGUGUCCCUCUUCAAGGCUUUAAAGCACUGCAAGGCUCUACAGGUUCUGCAGGACCAAGACUCUUUACUAUCCACUUGAUUGAUGCCAACACGGAUAAUUUGCCCAAAGCCCAUACAUGCUUCAACCGCAUCGACAUCCCGCCCUACGAGUCAUAUGAGAAGCUCUAUGAGAAGCUCCUGACUGCCGUGGAGGAGACCUGUGGCUUUGCUGUGGAGUGAAAGGCCUCAUUUAGCCAGCACCAACUAACCCACCUAACAGCCCCUUUAACCCCACUUCUCCUCCUGUCUCUUACUCUUCCUCAGAGGAGACAGAAUAGUGCCUCCCUGCAGGAACGAGCAAUGCCCGUCUGUGUCUCUCCCAGGAGCACAGAGAGGAGAGCCGCUGCACAAGGGCACAAACUCACACAGCCUGCAGGCUGCUGUAGGACUAUCCGUGUCAUGAAUUACAUUUUUAAUUUGCAUUAUGAUAAUGACCGGUACCACAAAAUGAGAAGAGAGGAUUUUUUUGGGUUCUCUUUCCAAACUCCAUGGUAUGUCACUGAAAUGGUGGAUUAUAGGUGGUGAUGAGGACAACGACAUUGUGAAGCAGAGGAUAUAUUUUAGUUUCAGGGACUUUUACCUGAACAGUUUUCCAUUGGAGUAAUGCCUAUGUAGAAGGAACAGAUGAACAGGAUUUUUAAUUAUGUUCAAAUUGAAAUUGAUAUGUACAAACAUCCUUUGUUUGCGUCUUAUGGUGGGGUCUUAGUGUUAUUAAUUUCUUAUACUGUACGACAGCAUUAUUUUAUUUUUAGACAUUUUAACCUAAUUGCUUGUUGCGUGAAAGGCAUUACUGAAAAGAUAGUUUUUUAAAAUAAUGAAUACAUGAAAGAUUGGCAAGUCCUAGACGUUUUGGGACCAUUUAUAGAAAUGGCUUCCCUGUGUGUGUUGGCAUACAUGCAUAAAUGUGUGCACGAGUAUGGAUGUGUGUGCACACUUGCUUCAUACAUGUACUAACAGAAGCACACGUCUUACAGCAUAUAGACCACAUUCGGUCUAAAGAGGAACAGAAAGCCUGUGGACAUUUAGUCAGCAUUACCCAAAACAAGCCAGUAUUCUCAAAGACUCAUUUUUAUAAAGUUGUUUUCAAAUUUGCACAUUGCACGACAGGUUGUUUUUCUUUUUAAAUCUUGUGAGCAUUUCUUUUAAUCAACAUUGUUCAUUUUUGAUAAUGUUAGGCAAGUGAGGCCGCACGUAGCAUAUCAAUUUACAGAAAUGUAUUUUGCAGAUUUAUAGCUAUACCUGCCUUCCUUUCUUUUUCCAUUAUAGCAAUUUCUAUGUGGUAUGUUUUGGUGACGACGUUUUGGUGAAGCUCUUAUUGUCUCAGUUUAUUCAGAAAUUGUUGAUUUCCUCGUUGACUUAGCAUGAACUGUUCCUUAAUCAUCCAUGUGAGUGCUUUGACUAACAUUCGCUGCAAGACUGUUAUUCAUGUCUCGAUCAUUCAAACCACUUUUUAAACCAGCGUCUUGUCUAUGGCACUUUCACUAGCGCACCACAUUUACCGCUCAUCAUUCUAAUGAGAGCGAUUUGUUCUCUAGAAUUCCCUAGAGUAAAGCUGAUAACAGCCAUGCUUUCAAAAAGUCUCCGUUGAGCCAUGCUGGCUUGCUCCAGGUUGCCUCUUUUCAGUGUGAAGGUUUUUGUCAUUAACGAACAGCAUUGUGAGGUCUAAAAUUUCAUUAUAUAGUGCUUGAUGUGCAUGGCACCGGUUAAAUUUUUUUUUUAAGAAAUUUGAAAUAAAAAUGAGCCAACUUUUUUUUUUUUCAUGUUUUAAGUGUUCUGCAACCACUUGUUUUAUUUUCUACUAAUUAUUUAUUACUGUGUAAUGUCCUUUUAAGUAUUGCUGCUAUUAUCAUUUUCUCUUUUUCACAAAAAUGACAAUUUCUUGUGAAAGCUGUACACUACUCUUUUACGUUAAUGUAUAAAACAAAGUAUUUAAACCUGCUGCUAAUUCAAAGAAGCGUGUCCCUUGGCCUAGAUUUGAGUUAGCAAUGAUGUAGGCUGGACCUCGGUGGUCAUGUUCAUGUUUGUGAUAUAUGCAAUAAAAUGACACCUUUAUAUUCUUG